ACUGACACUUGGACAUUUCCAUGAGUCUCACACGUGGCAGAAUGGCAUGUGGAAGAACAGUGACGAAGAAAAGUAGUACCGCUUAUUUGGCUGCACUUGUUAUUCUGGUAGGCUGUUUAGCUCCGACGAUACACUCUUACAGCUUGAGGAAAGCCGGCGAACGUGAUUUACGGGAAGAUGCUGAUGCUGCGACAGCGACACGUGUCCAAGAGGGGAAGUUUGUCUUUGGUAACGUUUUUGAAAAAGGGUCGGGGGGCAACAAAUCGCAUGUGGUGGACGGGCCCGAGCAGGCCUCCUCCUCUGCCUCUGUGGAGGACCAAACUGCUUAUCAAGCCGAUUAUGCAGGUCACUCCACCGGACCAGUCCAAGAUACCACUCCGACUGAUUCAGCAUGGAAGCACAUGACUCCUUCAUUGCAGUGCAGUGAGGGCCACAUGAAGCUCCGAGCAACGGGAUCAGGAGCCUCACAGUUUGUGCUGGACCGAGGAAGUGCACCUCCAGUAUCUCUUAACCAAGUUCCUCCAUCCUGUGGAUACAAUAUGCGUAGUAACUCCCUCGGACUUGUUAUGGUGGUUCCCUACAAUGGCUGCAAUGUGAUGCAAGAGAAUGGAGGUUAUGUUCUGCCAAUGCUCUGGAAAGGAAUUCCAGUCUCACUCUCGUGUCCUGUACCUGCAACCUCUGUGGCUCCGACCGCUGCCCCGAAGCCACAAAUGCCUCAGACACAGUGGUAUCCUCCUUCACAUCAACAGAUGCCCCAGAUGCCCCAGAUGCCCCAGAUGCCCCAGAUGCCCCAGAUGCCCCAGAUGCAUGAGAUGCCCCAGAUGCCCCAGAUGCAUGAGAUGCCCCAGAAGCCCGGGUCGCCCCAGAUGCAUGAGGUGCCUGGGUUGCCCCAGAUGCCUCAGCCGAUGCUCCAGCCCAGAGCAAGUGGUCAUUCGCCAGCUGGGAGAUUAAAGUUUCCUUCUCCAUUCCACUUUACACCUCACGGGUAUUAUCAUCACCAUUUUCCUUUUGCACCUGUCACUACUACUACAAAGGCCACGACCACACAGAAACCUAUUUUCCCCCCGUUUCCAUUUUACCAUCUCUAUCCACCUUACCAUUAUCACAUUACUGCCCCUACUCCACCCACAACUACAACUCAAACUACAAAGCCACCAAUCCCCUUCCAUGGCCAUUUCUUUCCUCCCUUUCCGCCACAUCCCAUGUUCUGGCCUUUCCCACACUUUCACCCAACAACCAAGCCCACGACCACACAAACAACAACAACAACCCGAGCUCCAAUAUUUCCACCUUUUUUCAAUUUCUUCCCUCCAUUUGGGGCUCCUGUUUUUCCCAGGCUUUAAUGCCUUUAUUCUUCCAACAACAAAAACCACUAAGACUUCUGCAUGAGCCCUACUAAGCUUGUUUCCAGCUGAUGUAUUUCUAGUGUCACUGUACUAAUAAAAUAUUUUAUGCAACAACUA